AUGCAGAUCAUGCAGCGCAAUCCUGAGAGGAGCCCCGCCGCAGCACCACGGGAUAACAGCCCCUCCGGAUCCGCUUCCCAGAACGGAUGGGAAGGGAAAAACAGGCUCUUCAUCGUCGCCCCCUUCUCGUCCGCUGCGCCAAGGGGCGGCGGGCGGGACGCGCGCCCCGACACACCGGCAAAAGCGCUCCGAGCCCUGUCAAAUCCUUCCCAUGGCUGCGGCGGCUGCUGCUACUGCUGCUGCGGAGACGGCGCCCUCCUUCUCCUCCUCCUCCGGGUGCGCGUCCUGGGGCGGAGGGGAAGCGCCGGCGUCCCCGCUCCGGCCGCACGCUGCGGGCCGGGAGGCCCCGACGACGGCGGCGGUGGCUUCACUCCCGGCGGCGCGAUGCCCUCCCGGCUGCGCCCCCCCGGGCAAAGGGCAUCCUCGGGCGUUUGCUCAGAAGACCAACAAUUUCUAUGUGUGGUGCGUCAGGAGGAAGGAAGGUCCGGCCUCAUUCAUCAACUGGAAUCCAGCAUUUGCUGCCAUCAAUUUCUUGUUCUUCUUCCUGAAGAACAGAAUUUCGUUUUGGAGGUGGUGAAAAUUGGAGUUCCAAUUUUCCAAUCGAAAUUGUUUCUGGAUUCUAAUCAAUACUUGUGAAAAAAACAUCAGGCAGCUUAUUAACAGAGAGCCUAUUUGCGCUUGAAUGGCAAGAGGGUAGUCUGAACCCCACCAAAACCGAUGGAAGAAGAUCCAGUGCUGCAUGCAACCAGCAUUCCAGAGCAGCUCAAGCUGCGUUGCCUUCAAGCAGCCUCAUCGUCCUGCCAGCACUGGCCUGCUGCAGGGUGGAUCCAGCAGAUUUUGUCCAGGCUGUUGCAUUCGUGCUGCACAGCAGCCUAAAAAAUUAACUCAGUCCCCUUUGCAAUGGCUUAUUAAAAGGAAACUAGAACAAAGUCUUUGGAAGUCUGUACCUAACCUGCACUGAGAGAGUUUUCUCUGAUCAGAUAUGGAGCUUUUAAGGCUGUUUUGCAUUUCUCUGAUUCCUACCUGGCAGAAAGUGGCUAGAGAAAGGGCAAGGGUGUCACUGUGGAGAGCUUUUUAUUGAUAUGAGAGAGGCCUGGUUACCACAUAAUAGUUUGCAAGAACAGACUAUUCUUUUAACACUUUUUCUACUUGGAAAUUCAUAUUACAUUUUGCGAAGUUAGAGCAAAAUAGCUUAGUGUAUUGAAUUGCAAGAGAGUUAUCCUGAGUACAUACAUUUACUGUAUCUUUUGAUACAGAGGAA